GCGAGGGCGGCGGCGGCGUCGGCGGCGCGAUGGCGAAGCGGGAGUCGAGCUCCAGCCCGGUGGUGCGGCAGAUCGACAAGCAGUUCCUGGUGUGCAGCAUCUGCCUGGACCGCUACCACAACCCCAAGGUCCUCCCCUGCCUCCACACCUUCUGCGAGCGGUGCCUGCAGAACUACAUCCCGCCCCAGAGCCUGACCCUCUCCUGCCCCGUGUGCCGCCAGACCUCCAUCCUGCCCGAGAAGGGCGUGGCCGCCCUCCAGAACAACUUCUUCAUCACGAACCUUAUGGAGGUGCUGCAGCGCCAGCCCGACAGCGCCAGCCAUGAGGAUGCCGCCGCCGCCAUGCUGGACUCAGUCAGCGCCGUGCCUGGCCAGCCGCUUUCCUGCCCCAACCACGAAGGGAAGAUGAUGGAGUACUACUGCGAAUCCUGCGAGACAGCCAUGUGCCACGAAUGCACCGCCGGGGAGCACCGGGAGCACGUAACCGUGCCCUUGCGGGACGUGGUGGAGCAGCACAAGGCGUCUCUGCGCCAGCAGCUGGAGGCCAUCAAGAGCCGGCUGCCCCACCUGACUGCCGCCAUCGGCUUGGUGUCCGAGAUCAGCCAGCAGCUGAUGGAGCGCAAGAACGACGCCGUGGCCGAGAUCGGGAGCACCUUUGCUGAGCUGGAGAAGGCCCUGCACCAGCGGAAGGGGAUGCUCGUCCGGGACCUCGAGGCCCUGUGCGGGGCAAAGCAGAAAGUGCUGCAGGCCCAGCUGGACACCCUGCGCCACGGGCAGGAGAACAUCCUCAGCAGCUGCAGCUUCACGGAGCAGGCGCUGGACCACGGCUCCGAGACGGAGGUGCUGCUGGUGAAGAAGCAGAUGACGGAGCGGCUGAGUGAGCUGGCGGGGCGGGAGUUCCCCGAGCAGCCCCACGAGAACGCCCAGGUGGACUACGUGGUGGAGACGGAGGGGGUGCGCAAGUCCAUCCUCAACCUGGGGGUGCUGCUGACCACCAGCGCCACGGCCCACAAGACGGUGGCCACGGGGGAGGGGCUGCGCCACGCCGUGGUGGGCCAGGCCACCUCCCUCACCAUCACCACCAAGGACAAGGACGGGGAGCUGGUGCGGAGCGGGAGCGCCUGCCUGCAGGCCGAGGUGGCGGCCCCCGACGGCUCGGCCGUGGGCCUGGAGGUGCUGGACAACAAGAACGGGACCUACGAGCUGCUGUACACCCCCCGCCACGAGGGCGACCACCUGCUCUCCAUCCGCCUCUACGGCCAGCCCAUCCGCGGCAGCCCCUUCCGCGUCAAGGCCGUCAAGGCCUCCGACGUGCCCCCCUCCCCGGAGGACGUCAAGCGCCGCGUCAAGUCCCCCAGCAGCGGCCACAUCCGCCAGAAGGCCGUGCGCCGCCCCUCCAGCAUGUACAGCAGCGGCAAGAAGAAGGAGAACCCCAUCGAGGACGAACUGAUCUUCCGCGUUGGAAGUCGUGGCCGGGAGAAAGGCGAAUUCACCAACCUGCAAGGCAUUUCCACCUCCAGCAACGGGCGCAUCGUGGUGGCUGACAGCAAUAACCAAUGCGUGCAGGUCUUCUCCAAUGAGGGCCAGUUCCGGUUGCGCUUUGGCGUGCGAGGCCGCUCCCCCGGGCAGCUGCAGCGCCCUACGGGGGUUACGGUGGACCUCAACGGGGACAUCAUCAUUGCCGACUACGACAACCGCUGGGUCAGCAUCUUCUCCCCGGAGGGCAAGUUCAAGACGAAGAUCGGGGCCGGCCGCCUGAUGGGCCCGAAGGGUGUGGCCGUGGACCGCAACGGGCACAUCAUCGUGGUGGACAACAAGGCCUGCUGCGUCUUCAUCUUCCAGUCCAACGGCAAGCUGGUGGCCAAGUUUGGGAGCCGCGGCACGUCAGAGCGGCAGUUUGCAGGUACCCUCGAUGGACCUCACUUUGUUGCCGUCAACAACAAGAAUGAGAUUGUGGUCACCGACUUCCACAACCAUUCUGUGAAGGUGUACAGUGCCGACGGAGAGUUCCUCUUUAAAUUUGGCUCUCACGGCGAGGGGAACGGGCAGUUCAAUGCCCCGACGGGUGUGGCCGUGGACUCCAACGGGAACAUCAUCGUGGCCGAUUGGGGCAACAGCCGGAUUCAGGUCUUCGACAGUUCCGGUUCCUUCCUGUCCUACAUCAACACCACAGCAGACCCCCUCUACGGGCCCCAGGGCCUGGCCCUCACCUCUGAUGGACACGUGGUGGUGGCCGAUUCGGGGAACCACUGUUUCAAAGCCUACCGAUACCUGCAGUAA